ACCAAUCAUAUGCCUGGCAUUUAGUACCGCUGUAUGAAGGUGUUUAUUGUGGUUUGAGCGGCGAGUGGACUACAUUUCUACUAAAUAAGUCGCGCAUUGCAGUUACCAAAAUGCCGUAUGCCAAUCAGCCGACUGUAAAAAUAACAGAACUUACAGAUGAAAAUGUGAAAUUUGUCGUAGAGAACACCGACUUAGCGGUUGCUAACUCUGUCCGACGUGUAUUUAUGUCGGAAGUUCCAACAAUAGCCAUCGACUGGAUCCAAAUUGAUGCCAACUCCUCUGUUCUUCAUGAUGAGUUCAUCGCCCACAGAGUUGGUCUCAUUCCACUGACAAGUGAUGACGUUGUGGAUAAGCUGCAGUACUCCAGAGAUUGUACGUGUGAUGACUUCUGCCCUGAGUGCUCUGUGGAGUUGACCCUGGACGUACGCUGCACAGAGGACCAGACACGUCACGUGACCUCCAGAGACCUCCUAUCAACCAACCCACGAGUCAUUCCUGUGACGUCAAGGAAUCGGGACAAUGAUCCUAAUGAUUAUGUAGAACAAGAUGACAUCUUGCUUGUCAAGCUCCGUAAAGGCCAAGAGCUGCGUCUGCGGGCCUUUGCCAAGAAGGGCUUUGGGAAAGAGCACGCCAAGUGGAACCCCACGGCAGGUGUGGCCUUUGAGUACGACCCGGACAACGCUCUCAGACACACCGUUUACCCCCGCCCAGAGGAAUGGCCAAAGAGUGAAUACUCAGAGAUUGAGGAGGAUGAAGUGGAAGCUCCCUUUGACCCCAAUGGCAAACCAGAGAAGUUCUACUACAACGUAGAGUCGUGUGGUUCGCUGCGGCCAGAGACCAUUGUGCUGACCGCCCUGUCCAUGUUGAAAAAGAAGCUCAGUGAUCUACAGACACAGCUGAGCCACGAGAUCCAGAGUGAUGUGCUCACCAUCAACUGAAGAAAAUGCAGAGAUACAUGCUGUAGUAUUACUAUAAUUCUAUGGCAUUGUUCACAAAUAGACUGGCUAAGCAUUCAGGACAUUAUGGGCUUUGUGCCUUGCCUCACUUUGGCUAGUAGAGUUGCACCAGUCGCAAAUAUCCACAAGAACUGAGUCCUUUUAAAAUGUCUUGUUCCUUUGUUUAUGUUUUCUAGAAUAAUGUAAAACAUCUGGACAGCAAUGUCCUUGUGUUGACUUGGAAAAACUGUCCAUUGAAAAAUACUUUUGACCUAUUGAUGGUAUUUUAUGUAAAAUUUGUGAUGAUUUAUUUUCUUUACAAAUAAAGGCAUAAGAUGGUGCA